AGACUUUAAACUAUAAAACCUGUAACAUUGUAAUUAUCACAAUUCUUAACAUUUUUUUUUUUUACACUGUUUCCUACAAUCAGUCUAAGAUACCUAUCCUCCAACUUAAUAUUCGUCUCAUUCCCUAGAACCCUGACCAUGCCUGCGUGCUCUGCUUCUCUGGUCUGCCUGCUCCUCCUGCUACUGUGUGGGCUGCUGGGAGGUUUGGUGCUGUGUAUCUGCCCCUCUGUAUGUUCCUGCAGUGGAGGUCACCGUGUCGUGGACUGCUCUUCACGAGGCCUAACCAAGCUACCGCCUGGUCUGCAGCACAACAUUCGCUUUCUCAACCUCUCAUUUAACAGCUUGCAGGAUCUGGACGGCCAGCUCAGCCACUAUGCCCACCUGCGAACCCUGGACCUGUCCUACAAUCGCUUGGAGAGCCUGCCCCCUGCCUUACCACGGUCUCUGUGGGACAUUCGAGCAGCAGGGAACCAUCUACGCACCCUGGACAAAAAUGACACAGCUUACCACUGGAAUCUGAAAGUACUGGAUUUGUCAGACAAUGAGCUGGAAAGAGUGGUCUUCAUCAAUAACACACUCUUAAGUCUACACGCUCUCAACCUUAGUCAUAACAGGUUUUGGACUGUGCCAACAAACAUGCCACACAACCUGGAAAGCAUUGAUUUGUCACAUAACUAUCUGGCGCAGAUCAUACCUGGAUCAUUAGAUCGAUUGCAGAGGCUGGCUCAAUUCUAUCUGCAUGCUAACCGCUUCUCAUGGUUGUCUGAAGGAAUCUUUGAUAAGCUGAUUGGGUUGGAGAUGAUAACUCUUGGGGAUAACCCCUGGGCUUGUGAAGAAGAAGAAAACAUAACAAGGCUCCUCAGAUGGGCUGAGCAAACCCAUGCAACUGUCUUAGGUUGCCCCUGUUAUACAAGACCCAUCUGUGGGAAAACUCAUCUGGCAACAACAGGAAAGCACUCCGCUCUGUUCACAGAGCCACCACUCUGGGUUAACAGCAGAGGUGAAAGGCAUGAUGGCCAAUCACCUGCAAGGACUGCAGAGGUCACGUCUAGCUACCAAGCAAAAUCUGCGCUUUUUGAGACUGGAAUUUAUCAGGACAAAAGAGAUGUGAACGAAUCUGAGGACCACAUUUUAUUUGUCUGGACGUCUUCCACAAGUUUUAACAGUUUCUCUACACACACAAGCACGGCACAACCACAGUCUGCAAGCAAGAAGCCCAAAGUAGCUAAUUCACGGAAUAAAGGGCAUGGACUACAUGUUGACACUAAACAAACUGUCACCCUGACUAUUGUAGCCCUGAUGAUCACAUUCACCAUCUUCUGAACCGUCUUGACUGGAUACAGAUCAUAGCAUCUACCCAAUUAUUUUGGACAGUUAACAAAUUACACUACUUAGCACCCAUACUUUGAGUUUCCUUGUAAAAACUCUUGCAACUAUUACUGCUUUAUGUCAGUCAG